AGAAGUGAUUGCAUAUUUUGGAAAUAUGUUGCAAGAACAGGAAAUAAAAAGACAGGACCAUCUGGGAAUAGAGCAACAUAUCUGCAGGCAAGUCAUGUUUUGAGUCUGUACAGACAUGCAGACACAUGACAAACCAAGAAGAAAAGCAGGGAAUUCCAAUUCGUCACUGAGAUGACAUCAUAGAGCUGGUGAUAAAAAGCCAUCCAAACAAGGGAGUCCCCACUUCCCCUCCCACCUAAACAUCCUUCGGGAAUACCAGACUGCUGGAGCAUGUGGAUCUCAUUAGUUUAGAGAACUUUCAAGGAGUUCAUGUCCACAAGCGCGCACUCGCACACAUCAACAAACACGCUUUAGAUGUGUCUCCAUAGUGACCAAUUUUACUGCCCCGGAUAGAGGAGGAAAUGCCAAACUCUGCUGCAGGGCUGCUCCGACAGCAGCGCGCACAGUUUUAUUCUAAUUCUCUGUCCGGCCCCAACUGAAAACCUCAUCUUUAUCGCUCUGCCAUUUCCCUGUGUCCCUUCACUCCUCUGCCUGUCUUGUCUAUAUUUUUCCUCUUUCUCUCAUUCCUCACUCCUUCUCUGUCGGGAUCCACUCCUCUCCGUACACCAUGAGUGCCAAGUUCACUGACAACAGAGAGAUGAAAGAGAAGAACCCCUGGCACACGUCGAUGACCAUCAUCAUCACUGUGAUUGGUGUCAUAGCGAUUGUUGCCCUGGUGACGGUUGCAGUUUUGCAGAACAGACCUGUCCCCCAAAAAUACAAGUAUGGGAUUGUGCUCGACGCUGGCUCUUCCCACACAGCUCUUUAUAUCUACGAGUGGCCUGCAGAGAAGGACAACAACACUGGAAGAGUUGAACAGAAACAUUCCUGCAAAGUAACGGGUAAAGGUAUCUCGAGCUAUGCAGCUGAACCAGAGAAGGCCGGAAUGUCACUGACAGAGUGCAUGCGAGAGGCUGAGAUGCAGGUCCCCACAAAGAGACACCAUGAGACCCCUCUCUAUCUGGGGGCUACAGCUGGAAUGCGACUGCUGAAUAUGGAGAACAGCUUGGCAUCAGACAAGGUGUUUCAGGCUGUAGAGAAAGCCCUGCAAAGCUUCCCCUUUUCCUAUCAGGGGGCGAGAAUACUCAGCGGGCAGGAAGAGGGUGCCUUUGGCUGGGUCACCGUCAACUACUUGGAUGAUCGCUUGAAACAGGGUCUAGAAACAACGGGGGCUCUUGACCUUGGCGGGGCCUCAACUCAAAUUAGCUUUGUAUCAAGUAAUUAUAACAUUUCGGAGUCAACUAGCAACUCUGUGACCUUCAGACUCUAUGGAAAUGACUACAACCUGUAUACUCACAGCUUCCUGUGCUACGGGAAAGACCAAGUACUAAGAAUGGCACUGGCACACCAGACUCAGUUAGGUCCAAUGAAAAUAUCAGAUCCGUGCUUCCACCCAGGCUACUCGGGAAAAAGGAAUUACACAAGCCUGUAUGACAGCCCCUGUGUCUCACACAGGAAACCCGAAAAUGCUCCUGCAGAAUUCAAUCACACAGGAGAAGGAAACUUUUCACAAUGCCAGGAAGUUGUCAAAAGUUUGUUUAACUUUACGGCCUGCAAAUACAGUAGAUGCUCUUUCAAUGGAGUUUUCCAGCCCCCUCUGCAAGGACCAUUUGGGGCCUUCUCUGCUUACUACUUUGUGAUGAACUUCCUCAAUCUGACUCAUACAUCCAUCCCUUUAGAAACUGUAAAGAAAAAUCUAGCAAGCUACUGUGCUACCCCCUGGAAUCAGAUAAAGAAGCAGCAUUUAGGAAUGGUUAAAGUGAAGUACCUGGCCGAGUACUGCUUCUCUGGCACAUACAUCCUCACACUGUUGACAGAAGGAUACGGCUUCACCAAUGAGACUUUCUCCAACAUAAAAUUCAUUAAAGAGAUAAAGGGCAGUGAUGCAGGCUGGACACUGGGCUACAUGUUAAACCUGACCAACAUGAUUCCAGCAGAGGCUCCAGACUCACCCCCUCUUCCACACGCCGGCUAUGUCUCUAUAGUCACCGUCAUUGCAUUAAUGCUCUUUAUCCUACUCAUCCUCAGCCUGCGCCCUAUCUGGCCUAGAUGCUCAAAGCAACCACAAAUUGUAUAAUCACAAUGAUGUAUCUUUGUUUGAGUGCUGUGUGAAGAAAGUCUGCAAAUGGCUGUGUGUGUUUGUGUGGGUGAAAGGUCAUCUGAAGCUGUCAAACACAGUCCUGCAACUCAUGCUGUUUCAAGGAUUUUUUGGAAGGGCAUAUGUUUUUACUCAUCGGGGGAGUGAAACGUCUGACUGAAGGACAUUUUCUCCAUUUAAAUAUGUGUGCAAACGUAUGUUUGGGCCUGAAUGAGAAAAAACUGAAUGAAUGGCCUAAAAAUGUGUGAAUCCACAUCAGUAUGCAUGUUUGUGUCCUGAAUUAUGCUGUGAAUGUGUAUAAAUAAACUCAUAAUAAAUAAUAAAGUAACUCAUGUUGAUAUAAAA